AUGGAGAUCUCCUUCUCCGCGCCCCCACCCCCUCCGGAUGCCGCGUGUGCCACCACCGUUGCCCCGUUGCUGGCACCUGCCGCCGCCCAGGUGCUGCCCCCUGUCGCCGCGGUCUCCUCCUCGCCGCCGCCGCAGCAGCAGGCGGCUGUGGCUGCGGCCGUGGUUGCUCCUUCCCCGGCCGACGACAAGGUCCUCGUGUCAGUUGAGGUGUACUGUUGCACGCAGCGAGCGCGGCUCGCCACGAGGACGUCCAGGUGGCGGUCGAGAGAAUGUCUGAUAAGUAACUUGUAUUUCUGGAGGAAGUGGCAGAAAGCAAAGAUGAAACAAUGUGGCAAAUCAGGACUGAGUUUUCAAGAUCUUCUAAUAGGUUCCCAGAUGCUAGAAGCUCGAUGCUUAAGCUAUGUUGAUGGGCCUGUGCCAAUUCCUGCUGAUAAUUCUUUUCUUCUUGAAAAUGUCAAAAGGAUACGAAUAUGUGACACUGACGAGUGGGCUGAGAAUCGCAAAGUUCUCUUAUUUUGGCAAGUUAAGCCUGUUGUGCAUGUGUUCCAGCUGAGUGAAGAUGGUCCUGGUGAGGAACCAAGCGAGGAUGAUACGCUCUCUAGCUUUAACGAGUGGGCCUUACCUGCCAAAGAAUUUGAUGGUUUGUGGGAAAGUUUACUAUAUGAAGUUGGUCUCAAGCAGAGGUUGCUGAGAUAUGCUGCCAGUGCUUUGCUUUUUACUGAAAGAGGUGUGGAUACAUGUCUGGUUUCAUGGAACCGGAUUGUACUUUUGCAUGGUCCGCCUGGAACAGGAAAGACUUCCUUGUGUAAAGCACUAGCACAGAAACUUUCCAUUCGCUUCAAGUCAAGGUAUUCUAUGUGUCAAUUGAUUGAAGUGAAUGCUCAUUCGUUGUUCAGCAAGUGGUUUUCUGAAAGUGGAAAAUUGGUUGCCAAACUUUUCCAAAAGAUCCAGGAGAUGGUGGAGGAAGAAGGCAACCUGGUAUUUGUAUUGAUAGAUGAAGUUGAAAGCCUUGCUGCUGCCAGACAAGCUGCCAUAUCUGGCUCUGAACCUUCAGACUCCAUUAGAGUUGUGAAUGCGCUGCUAACACAAAUGGACAAACUGAAGUCUUGGCCAAAUGUUAUCAUUUUGACAACAUCAAAUAUCACUACAGCAAUAGGGCAGACAUUAAGGCAUAUGUCGGACCCCUAUGCUUCAAGCACGAUACGAGAUCUUGAGGGUAGUAGUGUGCCAUGUAUUCUGAACUAUUCGACCCUGGAGGAGAAGAAGCACUGUCCUGAGGCUACAGAACCCUAUGGUGCGUUUCAGUUAUCCAGUCUACUCUAUGAAGCCGCAAAACUGUGUGAGGGACUUAGUGGCCGUUCAUUGAGGAAACUCCCUUUCCUGGCACAUGCCUCUGUCACCAACCCUUCAUGCUGCGAUGCUUCUACUUUCUUGCAUACAUUGAUAAAGACUGCGCAAAGAGAAGUCUUGGAGGCGCGUGGUUAG